UGGCACAUAAAAGAAAAUCAUGCGCUUGUAGGUCAGACUAUAAAUUUAGUCCGCGUCAGACCGUUGAUAGUUGUUGAGAAAGUGUCAAGCUGACAAAGAGUCGAGGCAACGCUUAUUUGACAUUUGAGACUUUCUGAGCACGUGUAUCUGCGAAGAUGCCCGAGCUGACUGAACAAACCAUGGCCGAGGAAGGAGAGGUGGAGACCUUCGCAUUCCAGGCCGAGAUUGCUCAGUUGAUGAGCCUUAUCAUCAACACAUUUUAUUCAAACAAAGAAAUUUUCUUGCGUGAGCUGAUCUCCAACGCAUCCGAUGCCUUGGACAAAAUCAGGUACGAAAGCCUUACCGAUCCAAGCAAACUGGACUCUGGCAAGGAGUUGCACAUCCGCAUCAUACCGGACAAAGAAAGGAAGACGCUGACCAUUGAAGAUACAGGUAUUGGAAUGACGAAAGCAGACCUGGUCAAUAAUCUGGGCACUAUUGCCAAGUCGGGAACCAAGGCCUUCAUGGAAGCUCUUCAAGCUGGGGCCGACAUUUCUAUGAUCGGACAGUUUGGUGUUGGUUUCUAUUCUGCAUACCUGGUAGCAGAUCGAGUUACUGUCGAGUCCAAGCACAAUGACGACGAUCAGUAUUUAUGGGAAUCGUCAGCAGGAGGCUCAUUCACAGUCUCAACAGGCUCAGGCAGCAAAUUGGGACGUGGCACUCGAAUCACCCUGUAUCUGAAGGAAGACCAACAAGAGUAUCUCGAAGAACGACGAAUCAAAGAGGUCAUUAAGAAGCACUCCCAGUUUAUUGGGUAUCCCAUCAAGCUGUUGGUGGAGAAAGAACGGGACAAGGAAAUUGAAGAUGAAGAGGAAGAGAAAGAACCAGAAGCUGAGGCUGAAAAACAGGAUGGGGAACAACCUAAAAUCGAAGAUCUUGAUGAAGAUGAAGAAGAGGACAAAGAUGACAAGAAGAAGAAGAAAAAGAAGACUGUAAAGGAAAAGUACCAAGAGGAGGAGGAGCUGAACAAGACUAAACCUCUGUGGACCCGAAAUCCUGAUGACAUCAGCGCUGAGGAGUAUGCAGAAUUCUACAAAUCUCUGACAAACGAUUGGGAAGAUCAUUUGGCAGUGAAGCAUUUCUCAGUGGAGGGACAGCUGGAGUUCCGCGCUCUUCUAUUUGUUCCACGGCGUGCACCUUUUGAUCUUUUUGAGAAUAAAAAGAAAAAGAACAACAUUAAGUUGUACGUGCGACGUGUGUUUAUCAUGGACAAUUGUGAAGAUCUCAUUCCUGAAUACCUCAACUUUGUGAAGGGUGUUGUAGAUUCAGAAGAUCUGCCACUGAACAUCUCUCGUGAAAUGCUUCAGCAGUCCAAAAUUCUGAAAGUUAUCAGGAAGAACCUUGUCAAAAAGUGCAUGGAGCUGUUUGAAAAUAUUAAAGAAGACAAAGACAACUACAAGAAAUUCUAUGAACAGUUCAGCAAAAAUUUGAAGCUGGGCAUUCAUGAAGACAGCACCAACAGAAAGAAGUUGGCUGAUUUUCUGCGGUACCAUUCAUCACAGUCUGGUGAUGAAAUGGUUUCGUUGAAGGAUUACGUCUCCCGUAUGAAGGAAAAUCAGAAGUGCAUAUACUACAUUACAGGUGAAUCCCGUGAUGCUGUGCAAAACUCUGCCUUCGUUGAAAGAGUGAAGAAACGAGGCUUUGAGGUGCUCUACAUGGUGGACCCAAUUGAUGAAUACUGUGUACAGCAGCUGAAAGAGUAUGAAGGCAAAAAUCUAGUCUGUGUUACUAAGGAAGGACUUGAGCUUCCUGAAGAUGAGGAAGAGAAGAAAAGGUUUGAAGAAGCUAAGGCAGAGUAUGAAGGCUUGUGCAAGACCAUGAAAGAGAUUCUUGACAAGAAGGUAGAAAAGGUAGUUGUAUCUAACCGCCUUGUGUCUUCACCAUGCUGCAUAGUAACAUCAGCAUAUGGAUGGUCAGCUAACAUGGAGCGCAUCAUGAAGGCGCAGGCAUUGCGUGAUACAUCAACAAUGGGCUACAUGGCAGCAAAGAAGCACUUCGAGAUUAAUCCAGACCACCCAAUUAUCAAGAGUCUGAAGGUCAAGUGUGAUGCUGAUAAAAAUGACAAGGCUGUGAAGGACUUGUGCCUUUUGCUGUUUGAAACAGCUCUUCUAUCCUCUGGCUUUUCUCUUGAGGAUCCCACAUCUCAUGCCAAUCGAAUCCACAGGAUGGUCAAACUGGAUUAGGAAUCGACGAAGAGGACAUUACAGAAGAGCCUGCUGAACAAGCUGUUGCAGAGGAUGUUCCCCCACUAGAAGGUGAUGAAGAUGAUGCAUCACGCAUGGAAGAGGUUGACUAGGCAACAAAUGUGACUUCGAAGAGACUACUGGCUACACCCAUUGAGUUAUAGGUUUAUCUGCAAUUCCUUGGGGAAGUUGACAUUCAAGACAUUCAUGGGGUGUGCUAGAAACUCAUUCCUUGGAGACAUUCGGAAUCUGUGCAUGUUCAAUUUUUUUUUUAUUUUCAUUGUGAACUUUAUGUUUGUGAUAUUUCAAGGACUGAAAUACUUUCAAAAAAUAAAGUGAAAAUAAAAUAAAA